AUGGCAUCCUCCAAUAUCGGCGUUGCGAUGCCGUCGCCUGCGCGUGAGCCCGCCCCGCCCCCCCGCCAUGCCACCAACUCGUCCGCAACCGGGCCCCAUGCCCCGGUAGCCAAACGACCUCUGCUUGCCCUGCAGGGGGAUCCUGAGGACACGGAACCCGACGAAGAACAAUACGCAAACGAGAUUCACGUGACUCUAUGGGUACAUCAGUCCCACAUGACUAUGGCAGCGUAUUACACGGAAAGCCAAUUGCUCGAGGGCUACCAAUGCUCCCCCUUCAGCCGCAGCCUCCUCCAAAGCCUCUUGGUUGCCUACAAGCCCAUUUGCAUUUACACCAAUGCCGGCAAUGCCAAUCUUGCCAAAGACCUGGCCAGUGAAAAUGCCCAGGAUGGAUCUGGUCGGCAGAGUGCGGUGCGUGUCAUUCCAAAGAUGGAUUUGGAUGCACGAUCGGGCGAGCGCGUGCUGCAAUCUUCUUUACCAGCCUCCAGUGCUAACCAGGCUGCACUCGCCGCCCUAAAGCACGAAGAUUGGCGCACCGUUGGAGUCCUAGGUGCUAUGCUUCGCCAAUGCGAAAAGCACCGCAUCGGAGCUGAGUUAAGCCUCGAGCAGCCCUCACUGCGCCUAUCCAGUCUGCGCUUGCGUGCAUUUCCAAAAAUUAUGUUCAUGGACGCUGAUUGUUUCAGUGCACUGGCCAUCUUCAGCCGCGAGUCCCAUCCUUCCUCCUUCAAAGCAGGGGGCUGCAAGGAAGGUCUGUCGCUUUUUGGCAUGAUGAACUUUACCAAGGAUCAGGUGGUCCUGGACCAGCGUCACGACAUUGUCAGCGCACUGGCAAGCCCGGCAGCAACUGACACGCUCAAUAUGCUGCGAAAUCAACUGCGUGGCGUCGCCAACCUGAUGCCCAUCUUGCGACGCAUGAGCGUGCGAACGGUGGAAGUCUGUGAUGGCGUUGUCGAUGCCAUUCAGAACAUCGCCGAUGCAGUGACACAAUUGGUCGACUUUCAGUUGAGCCGAGACAUGGGGCGCACGUGUGUUCGCUCCGCCGUCAACGCCAGUAUCGACGACAUGCGUCUCUUUAUCAAUGGCAUGGUAUGUUUGGAUUGGCCAGCAUCAAAAACCCAGCAACAUGCCAGGUUUAACGUCGCUCUGUGUGUGUUUGUGUGCUCUGAGCGUUUGAAUCAGGUGGCACUGACGAUUCGAAGCGAGCUCCCAAGCACCAUCGACCGCUACUCUGUCGAGUAUAUUCCAAUGAGUCAUUGCAUUGUGAUGCCAUCGCAGAUGGGCUUCCUUCUGGUGACACCCCAACAUGCCGGCGAACUUCAAGCCGCAGACGACUUAGAGCAGAAGUUUGAAGCAGAUGGCAGCGUCUACUACAAAACAGCGCGGAUGCAUGCAUUGGAUCAAGAAUUUGGCGAUGUGGAGUGUGAUUUGCGUGAUUUGGAAAACUCCCUGCUUCUUCGCUUACAGCAGCAAAUCGUGCAGGACGCUGACGACUUGCGUCGUGGACUGGACUUUGCGGCCGAACUUGAUGCGCACCCGCUCCUUGCACAGCUACUCCCAGGUCAAUUCUUGGCCAACGGCUGCUCGAUAGAGCCCUCUUGCCAACGCGUUCAGGUUAUCACGGGACCCAACGGCUCGGGCAAGAGCGUGUAUCUCAAGCAGGUUGCACUGGCUGUAUACAUGGCACACAUUGGCAGCUUAGUGCCGGCAACUCGAGCCAAAAUUCCCAUUGUGGAUCGUAUUCUCACGCGCGUGGCCACGCGCGAGUCGCUGACAUCAGCAGCGUCUAGCUUUCAUCUCGAUGUGCGACAAAUGGCCAAGGCGCUGACACUGAGCACGCCGCAGAGCCUGGUUGUGGUGGAUGAGUUUGGCAAGGGUACCAACCCAGAUGACGGGGCAGCGUUGGCGGCGGCUGUUCUGCGUGCUUUUGUCAUGCGUGGGCCCGAAUCCCCAAUGGUACUUUUCACGACGCACUAUUUGGAUAUCGUCAAGCGUCGUCUUCUCCCAGACAGCCCACUUGUGGCUUUGAAGUGCAUGCGGUACAUCUUGCCACGCGACGCCCAACACGAGGACGACAUCAUUCCCUUGUUUCAAGUGGCCGAGGGCGUGGCCGAUAGCUCCAAUGCGUGCGCCAUGGUGCUGGCGGCGGGCAUCGACGAGCCGAUUGUGCAGCGCGCCAAAGAGGUGAGCAGUCGUUGCGUAUAUGACUUCUUUAAAUGCAAUUGA